AUGACGUCGUACACAAUGAACUGUGACCACGAUCAAGCGUUUUUACAAAUUUUAAAAGAAGAAAAGAAUAUUACUAACUUUUUAGACGUGUUUUUUGGAUUUCUUUACAGAUGUACAGACUUUUAUGUUGAAUCUGGUCCAGAUCAGAAAUUAGGUUUUCAACCUGGUCUGAUAGAGAAACUGGUAUUAAAUAGUUUUCAAAAAUGGAAGAACAUUUCUAAAUUUCCCAAUGUGGUAGAUCUGCCAAAAAAUCAUGACUCUAAUGUACAAUAUAAUAUGGAAAUCAAACACAAUGAAAUGGGAAUUGAAGAAGAAACUGGUCCUCAAGUUGUACAAGAAAUUGAAGUAGAAACAAGUACAGAAAAUGAAAUCUCGGAUAGACCAGUUAAACCAGUAGAAAAGGAUAGGUCUUCUGAUAGUUACAAUGGAGCAGUGAGGGAUAAUUAUACGUGGUCACAAACCAUUAAUAAUCUGGAUGUGUUAGUUAAACUGCCUAGUUGUAUAAAGACCUCAAAAGAUCUCAAGGUUCAUCUAAAUUCAAAACAGAUUAAAAUAGAGGCAAGAACAUCAACACUUGCACAAUGUCAGGAAGUGGAAGAUCAUUCUUCAGAGUGGACCAUAAUUUUCAUGGGAGAAUUUAGUUUUAAGGUUAAAAAUGCUGAAUCUGUAUGGACCAUAGUACCCGGAGGACAUGUCAGCAUUCAUUUCGAAAAAGUUUCCGAAAGAUGGUGGGAUGCAUUGAUUGUCGGAGAACCAAAAAUUGAUUUGAGUAAAAUCGAUUGCUCCAGAAACUUGGAAGAGAUGGGAUCAGAGGCGCAAAUGAAAGUUCAAGAGUUGAUGUGGAAUCAUCAGCAGAAGCUUCUUGGUAAACCAACUACAGAGCAAAUUAAAAUGGAAAAGAUAUUGAAAAAGGCAUGGGAUGCAGAAGGAUCUCCCUUCACGGGAACUCCGUAUGACCCGUCAACAGUACAAUUUAGCGAUUGA